GAAAAUUAAUCACCAACUCUUUUUCGAGAGUCAAUUUUUUCUCCAUUUUCUCUAUCUCACACUUACGGAAUCAUUCUCUGUUGAUUAGCUAACUCGCUACUUGUCUAAAGUGCUUGCCCUUUUCAGUAUCAACUUUAAAUAUUCACGCUUAAAAUCUUGUUUAGACUAGUCCUAGAAAUGCUACUAGAAGAGGUAUCGUCAUCAAGGAGGUAGAGUCCCCUACUAUGCCGGGCAGUGCCAAUCAUCUUCCCCGCCCAGUUUCAUCAUCAUCCGCAGAAGUCGUCCUUUCAUUCUCUUUUUCAUUUUUCCACAAAAGAGAAAAAUCUCGUAUUUGAAGAACCGGAAGAUCGGAAAUUCUCUCUUUAAUGCGCAGUUGAAUGGAAUUGGAAGUUCAUUUUUUCUGUGAUUCUUCUUCACUAAUUAAGCUACCCCGGACCGGUUCUCACUUUUCCCCAGCAUCCGCUAUCACUUUGAAUAAAGCAAUUGCCCCUCCUCAUUCUAUCAGUGGGGAUUCUUAAGAGAUCUAGUUGAGCAGGUGCGCAUCGUGCGCCUUCGAAGUCAGAUCAGGGAAAUUUCUUGCUUAUUUAUUUGGUGAAUCGACAAGGCACGAAUGUAGACCCAGCUAAAAGAAAAGCAGUGGGAGAUCUCGAGUGAAAAACCUCAGCGAAAGAGUUUCAGUCAUUCAGUCUCAUAUCCUUUUUUCUGCUCUUCUUCAAUUAGAAAGCGGUUAACACCAUUCACAAUGUUUUGUUAUAAUGUAGGCUUGAGGACGUCCAAAGCUUACUGCAAUGGGGGAGUUGUCUCGGGAGGAGAUGAAAAAUACACUUCGAGUACUUGUCGCAACAGAUUGCCAUCUGGGCUACUUGGAGAAGGAUGAGAUAAGGCGACAUGAUUCAUUCAAGGCAUUUGAAGAGAUAUGCUCAAUUGCAGAACAAAAGCAGGUGGAUUUUUUACUUCUUGGCGGUGACCUUUUCCAUGAGAACAAGCCAUCACGAUCGACAUUAGUGAAGGCAAUAGAGAUCCUGCGGCGUCAUUGCCUUAAUGAUAAACCGGUGCAGUUCCAAGUUGUUAGCGACCAAACCAUCAAUUUUCCAAACACAUUUGGCCAUGUCAACUACGAAGAUCCUCAUUUUAAUGUUGGUUUACCAGUAUUCAGUAUUCAUGGAAACCAUGAUGAUCCUGCUGGAGUGGACAACCUUUCUGCCGUUGAUAUUCUCUCUGCAUGCAAUCUUGUGAACUACUUUGGGAAAAUGGUUCUUGGUGGUUCUGGUGUUGGUCAGAUCACGCUCUGCCCCAUUCUUAUCAGAAAGGGUUCAACAUCAGUAGCUCUUUAUGGUCUUGGAAAUAUUAGAGAUGAAAGGCUGAACAGGAUGUUCCAGACACCACAUGCUGUUCAGUGGAUGCGGCCGGAAGCACAGGAAGGCUGUCAAGUGACAGACUGGUUCAAUAUUCUGGUACUUCAUCAAAACAGAGUAAAGGCAAAUCCUAAAAAUGCAAUAAAUGAGCAUUUUUUACCUCGCUUCCUGGACUUCAUUGUUUGGGGACAUGAACACGAAUGUUUGGUUGACCCUCUGGAAGUUCCUGGGAUGGGGUUUCACAUCACACAACCAGGUUCCUCAGUUGCAACAUCAUUGAUUGAUGGUGAAUCAAAACCAAAACAUGUUCUUUUGUUGGAAAUUAAGGGUAAUCAAUAUCGGCCAACCAAGAUACCUUUGACAUCUGUAAGACCAUUUGAGUACACAGAGAUUGUAUUGAAGGACGAGCCUGACAUCGACUCUAAUGAUCAAAACUCAAUUAUCGAACACUUAGACAAAGUGGUUCAAAAUUUGAUUGAGAAAUCUAGCAAAAGGGUUGUAAACAGAUCAGAGCUCAAGCUUCCAUUAGUUCGCAUAAAGGUGGAUUAUUCUGGGUUUAUGACAAUAAAUCCUCAAAGGUUUGGUCAGAAAUAUGUUGGGAAGGUAGCAAAUCCUCAAGACAUCCUUAUAUUCUCAAAAGCUUCAAGGAAAGGCCGCAAUGAAGUGAAAAUUGACGAUUCAGAAAGGCUUCGUCCAGAAGAACUGAAUCAACAAAAUAUAGAGGCUUUAGUUGCUGAAAAUAAUCUGAAAAUGGAGAUCCUUCCUGUCAAUGAUUUGGAUGUUGCGUUGCACAAUUUCGUAAAUAAAGAUGACAAAAUGGCAUUUUAUUCCUGCGUGCAAUACAAUCUAGAAGAAACACGAAAUAAAAUUUCUCAUGAUGCGGAUUCUUUGAAGUUUGAAGAAGAAGAUUUAAUUCUUAAAGUUGGCGAGUGCUUGGAGGACCGAGUCAAGGAGAGGAACACCCAUUCCAAGAAUGAUACGGUAUUCACAUCAUCUAUUCAGUCUUCAAAAGAUUUCGGUAGUAGAAGUUCCAUGACAGUUGGGUCUGCUGUUUCUUUUAGUGAUGAUGAGGAUGCAGCAAAAACGUCUGGAUCAAAAUCCACUAGAGGUCGUAAAGUAUCAUCUAGGGCAGCUGAAGACACUUCAACUAAAACUUCCACACGAGGAAGAGGAAGGGGUAGAGGGAGGGGGAGCAGUAGUAGCCUUAAGCAGACAACUCUCGAUGCAGCUCUUGGAUUUCGCAAAUCACAAAGAUCUGCAACUGCUGCUGUUCAAAGCAUAGUCAACACAGAUGCUAUGAAUUCUGCUUCUAGUGGAGAAGCAAGGGAAAAUGAAGUUGAAGAAAUUAAUGACAGUUCGGAAAAUGAUGAAAGUCUUCUCAGCAAAGGAAGAAAGCGCACUGCUCCAAGGGGUAGAGGGAGAGGAUCCACUCAAUCUAAACGAGGAAGGAAAUCUGACAACUCUUUGGUUCAGCGAACGUUCAUAAGUAGAGAUAAUGACGAUGAUAGUGAAGAUGAAGACAACGCUAGAAAGCUAUUAAAUAAGUCUCAGCCUCGGGUGACAAGAAAUUAUGGUGCAUUGAGAAGGUAAAGGUACCUUUUCUAUGAAUGUAACCUAAUAGAUUAACUGGAUGCUGUGGCAUGAAAAGUGACCUCAGUCACGAAUCAAGUAGGAGAACCUACUUCCUGUCCUCUCUACUCAUCCACUGUACAAGCCGAGAUCAUAUAGUUCAUGGUGUGUUAAAUCGUUUUCGUGAUGUAGCACAUUUCAGCUGGAGACUUACGUUUAUUAACUAGAAAGUUGAAUGUUUUGUAGGUGUUCGUCGGUAAAUAGAGUGUGUAUUGUCUUAUUUGAGGGCAGCUUUUAUUCUAUCAUUUUCUGGAGUUUUUUUCUUGGCACAUUAGUGGCCCUAGCUUUAUAUAUUUAACCAUCGAAGGUGUAUGAGCUUUAUUUUUAUUCUAUAUUGAAAAGUUAUUUCAAAUUACAAAACUGUUAAAAA